AUGGCGCUCCACACCACUGCGUCACCACCCAUCGAAAGCGACGUCGCACCUCUCGAUACAUCAACAACUGGUCAGUUCAAAGGCGUCCACGUCUCUCGUACAGGAUGUGGACUUCCGCGCCGCCGACUGGGCCAGGACUCCUGUUGCAUCGGGUUCUUCGCGGCCAGGGCCUGGAAAUUCCGGCUUCUACCCACUGAGUACGCUCCGUGGAAGAACUGGGGCCUUGGUAAGGGACGUCUUGCCUGUGGAAGAUGUCGCCUGCCAGCGGAGACUGGUGCUUGGGCCGCCGUGGAACUCGAUUGCUUCCCUCGUCUCUUUGCUGUCCACUUGGCCGAUUCUCGCACCAGAGUCAAGGCUGCUCUGUCACCAGAACUCAAAGCCUGGGCGGGCGGGAUCCUGUUGUGGCCUCCUCCCACGACAGCCUUGAUUGGCAUCCCGUCACAGGCUGACGUCUCGACCGACUAUGGCGAAGUGACUGACCCAGAGAACUACGCCGAAUAUCCCAAGAACGAUGUCCAAAUCAACGCUGUGCCGACGUCCUCCGACACUGCCUUCUUUCGAGUCCGAACGAACAUAGCCCUGAAAGCUCGAAAAGACAAGACCAACGUCUUCCUCUCCAUAUACCCCGAGCGCAUACAAUCCGUCGCGGUCAUUGCCAUUCACGCCGAGCAUGCCUCCGUGGUUGUCCCAAAGGGCGAUUUGAAGCCCAAGCAGAGGUCCUCAGGCCUCUUACUCGACUCGUUGCGGGGCCUGGCCGAGCAGACAUCUUUCCGACUUCAUCUGCCGACUACAGCCCUGUCCAAGGCCCAGCUCGAGUCUCUUUGUAAGGCAGCGUCCUCUGGCGCCUUGCCAUCUAUGGAAAAACUCAAGGACGUGGCCAGUCCUUAUGGAGGCAGAGGCGGUAGAAUUAUUCAGCCCGAGCCCCAGCCGUCCCCAGGCAGCCGUUCCCAGUCAGACUGCAUCCAGUCUGGGACGAAACGCCGACGGGCGAGUUCCGGCGCCCCUGCCUCACACAAGUGUGUGAGCUUGGAUGUGCAGACUAUCUGCAGCAAGAUGAUCGAACGCAUAGACCAAGGUUUCGGCCAGCUACAUUCGCGCAUGGAUCUCAACUCUCAACAGCACUCAAGUGAGCAAGCUGAUGAGCUCCGUGACGAGCUCGAAAAGGGCCUUUAG